AUGGCGAAGCGGCCCCUCCUCAGACCGACGGCUCCCGGGGCUCGCGGGUUGGGGUCAGUACAUCCGUCCGCGGUCCGUCCGUCCGUCCGUCCGCCGCUGCAGGCGCCGCGCGCUCAGACCGCGCUCGAGCCCGGCGCACGGUCGGUCUUCACGGCCGGCGCCUGCGCACUCGGCGCCCGGGGAGGCACCGGCGCACUGGGGGGCGGCCGGCGCGCGGCUGCAUCUGGGGAAGGGCCCGGCUUGGGGAGCGCGCGGGCAGCCCGGCUCCAACUGUUGCGCGGGCGGGGGACCCGGUCACACCCGUCGCCCCCGGGCAGGGUCAGCCUUUCUGGACCGCUGUUAGAGACGCGCCGGCUCGUUUGUGCACGGGACUCGCGCUCGGGUUCGAGUCGGCUCGGCGCCCAGGGGGGCUCGCGGGGCAGAGGGGACGCGGGGCGAGGGAGGCGCGGGCGCUUGCGAGGGUCUCACUGCGAGGUGCGGCCGCCGCUUGGGUGCUGGAGGCAGAACCUCCCCCGGUUUCCACUGGCGGGCUACGCUGAGGUAGGUGUGCGGCGGCGGCUUCUCGGGGACCCACCGGGGGCGCCCCGAGAACCUGGGUCCGGACGCAAGGAGCGCCCCCGGAGGGGGCUCGCCGCCUGGGUUUGCUGUGAGUGGCGUAUGGACGACAGAGCCGAGGAAAAGGGAAAAUCGAUCCGGGGAAGUGGUGUUGACAACCACAGCAGCCGGGAAGAUCAGCCACCCUGGCCACGUGUGGACGGACCCUCGCCAGGAUCAUGGGUUUUCCCUUCCAAGAUCGGAACGCGGGAGCUAGACGCGCUGCGUGUGAGCAGCACAGAAAAACCACGGUUGCCGCCCCAUGAAGCCUUCAGUCUAGAGAGGGAUCCGCCCAGAAGUUACCCAAGGAACAGACAAUUACAAGUUAUAAUUCUCUGAAGGAAACAUAUGGAGUGUUAUUGGUGAAUGUGAAAAGGGCAGCAAAUACAGUUUGUGACAUCAGAAAAGAACUUUUU